AAAUCUGCUCAGUCAGUCUUCGCGCUUCGAAGCGUGAGCAUUCAAAGUGGGGGUGUAUUUAGCGAUAUCCGAAAUUUACGACAUCGUGGCAGAAGAGCGUUUUGAUACGAGGACAUUAAUUAUGUGACGUUGACUUUUUCACCUGAAAAGAUAAAAAAGACAAUUAUAGAAGAUAGAACAAUAAUAGAAGCACGGAGUAACUUUGCAGCAAGCUACACGAGCGGCUUACACUUAACCUCUAACACCGCGUGAUUUUGCGUAGAAUUUAUAAAUAAUAUAUAUAUAUAUAUAUAACGGACGAACAUGGCGUUCGUAUUGAAAAGAGCCGGUGGAAUGUUUCUACGUUUAAACGGCGGCUCGCGAGCAAUUCAGAGCCAUAUAAAUAUAUCAAGAAUAUGCAGCGUUAAGUUCUCUAUUAAAGCGAAUAUUCCGCAAGUAGAGGAGGAGAGCAAGAAAAUCAAAGCACCGGUGGGACAUGGCAAAAUAUUCAGAAGCAUAGAGGAAGCUGUCUCCGACAUACCCGAUGGAGCGAAACUGUUGGUCGGUGGAUUCGGUCUCUGCGGCAUUCCGGAGAACUUGAUAGCGGCGGUACUGAAUAAGGGCUCCAAAGAUUUAACAGUAGUCUCGAACAAUGCUGGAGUGGAGGACUUUGGACUGGGCAUACUAUUGAAGGCCCACCGAAUCAAAAGGAUGAUCGCCUCCUACGUGGGUGAAAAUCCGGAAUUCGAGAGGCAGUAUCUCAGCGGCAAAUUGGAGGUCGAAUUAACGCCACAGGGCACUUUGGCGGAGCGCAUCAGAGCGGGAGGCGCCGGCGUUCCAGCGUUCUACACCCCCACAGCUUUCGGCACUAUCGUGCAGGAGGGCAACGUGAUCAUCAAGUACGACAAAGACGGUAACGCGGGGAUAUCGGGCGAGCCCAAGGGCGUGAGUCAAUUCAACGGACGGCAGUACGUGCUGGAGACCGCCAUCACCGGCGACUUCGCGCUGGUAAAGGCGUGGAAGGCCGACACCGCGGGUAAUCUGAUCUUCCGGAAGUCCGCCCGGAACUUCAACCCGGUGAUGUGCAAGGCGGCCAAUGUGUCGAUCGUCGAAGUGGAGGAGAUCGUGGAAAUCGGCCAGUUGGAUCCCGAUCAGAUUCACAUACCGGGCAUCUUCGUGAACAGGAUCGUGAAAGGCCCCUCUUUCGAGAAGCGUAUCGAGAGACGCUCGACGAAACAAUCCGCUAAGCCGAAGAAAAUGACCCCGGCUGGCAAAGCGAGGGAAAGGAUCGUUAGGCGCGCCGCGCUCGAAUUUAAGGACGGAAUGUAUGCGAACUUGGGGAUCGGCAUACCCGUGCUCGCCAGCAACUACAUCCCGAAGGGUGUGAACGUGACGUUGCAAUCGGAGAACGGUAUCCUCGGGCUGGGUCCUUUCCCGGACGAGAGCGAAGUCGACGCCGAUCUUAUCAACGCUGGCAAGGAAACCGUCACGGUUUUGCCCGGCGCCUCUUUCUUCGGUAGUGAGGACAGUUUCGGCAUGAUCAGAGGAGGGCACGUCGACCUGACCAUCCUCGGUGGCAUGCAAGUGUCGGAGACCGGAGACCUGGCCAACUGGAUGAUACCCGGCACGAUGGUGAAGGGCAUGGGUGGUGCUAUGGAUCUCGUUUCCGCGCCGGGCACGAAGGUGGUCGUGACUAUGGAGCACACAGCCCGAGGCGGAGUCCCGAAGAUCCUGAAAAACUGCACUUUACCUAUCACGGGCCAACAAUGCGUAGACCUGAUUAUCACAGACCUGGCGGUGUUCGAGGUGGUGAAAGGAGAAGGACUGAAGCUUAUCGAGAUCGCCGCCAAUGUCGACAUCAGCGAGGUCGUUAGUUCGACGGGCUGCGAAUUCGCCGUCGCCAACAACCUGAAGGAGAUGGGACAAGUGGAGGUCGACGAGUCGUAAAUUGUAAUAUAUAUCGCUCAAAUUCUAAAUGACACGUGCGAGGCGAGACGAACAUCUCGUUGUGAUUGCCUGAAAGUAUACAUAUAUAUAUAUAUAAAUUUUAAUAUCUCUUACAUUCUCUUUUAUAUACGAUUCCUAAGGUAGAAAUUCUAGGAGACGUAGAACGUUGAAAUUCGACAAGAAACGUUGAAGAGCUAAGAUUCCAGUAAAUAUGUAAUAUAAUGAGUAAUGAGAGAAUGUUAUUCUAAUUAUUUUAAUUGCCAGCAACUUUAAUUUGCGUAAUAACAUUAUCAAUAGGCAUCCGUGCUUGCAAUACAUUGCAACGUUCGAGUUACAUUAAAUAACAGUACACGAGAGAAAAAUCCGUUUCCGUGAUAUGUGUGCGUUAUGUUAAUGACGUAAUGCACGAUACAUGUAAAGAUAUGUUUCUUAUAAAUGUACAAAUGUUUUUACACGUGGCUGCUAAAACGCUCGAACUGAUUUUACGGUGUGCGCCACGAUUGCGAAAAAGUGAAAUCGCGCCGUGUAUGCGAUGAUUAAUGCUGCGAUGAUGAAUGAAACAUAUUUUGUAACAUACACUAUAACGAAUGAAACUUCAAUAUUUUCAGUAA